ACGUCGCACGCAUAUGACGUAAAACGACGGAGCGAAAAAAAUAACCUGCCUGUGAAGCGACAUCGCUAAUUAAAAAAAAACAGACAAAAAAGAAAUAGGAAAGUGACGGUGUGGUGGGAGAGGUUUUUAUCUUUUCUGUCGGCUAAACAAGCGAAGGGCAGGGGAGCCGGCGGUAGCUGUUUGGAAUCGGUAGGCAGGCGUGGAGCGCCGCCAGAUUUCGGCAGCUCCACUGUUUAGUCGCACGUCCCGGCAGCACCGGGGCCCUCUGUUGCUUUUUUUCCGUUCGUGUUUUUAUAUGAGACCCUAGUGCCCCCCUCCCUCCCACCCCACCUCUGACUCCCUGCCCUCCAGCGCUCACUCUCCUUCGACAGACUGCCAGGCACGGCGAUGGCCUCCGGGAACAACAUGGACAGAGAGAUGAUUCUGGCUGAUUUUCAGGCAUGUACUGGUAUCGACAACAUCGCAGAGGCAAUUGCUCUUCUGGAACUGAAUAACUGGGAUUUAGUGGCUGCUAUUAAUGGAGUGAUCCCUCAAGAGAACGGCAUUUUACAAAGUGGCUUCCCAGCGGAGACUUCCCAGGGGACAACCUACAGCCCUAACAACCAGCCUGUGGCCAUCCCAUCCUCGUCCCCACCAGCCUCCUCUUCAGCCUUCUGCCCAGUGGUGCCAACAAGACAGAUUCUGGAGCGGCAGCCACGCAUGCUCAACUUCCGUGUGGACUACCGGGACCGCAGUGUGGAUGUCGUGCUCGAGGAUUCAAGUUCUGUGGGUGAAAUGAAGCAAAUCCUUGAAAUGGAGCUCCAGAUCCCAGCCUCCAAAAUGCAACUGAAGGGCUGGAAAACUGGGGACGUCACAGACAUUACUGUUCUCCGAAGUCUGCACUUACCAAGGAAUAACAGCCUUUAUGUGUUGACACCAGACAUAACGCCAACUGCGAUGACCAGCCAGGCCAGCGCUUUACAAGAGUCAUUAAGUCAAAACUUCUUGCUAGUCAUUAGCCAUCGUGAAGCCCAGCGGGAUUACAGCCUGAACUUUCCGGGAAGCAAAACCAUUCAAGAGGUAAAAAGAAACAUCUAUGACCUGACGAACAUCCCCGUCCGGCAUCAGCAAUGGGAGGGCUGGCCGAGCAGCGCCCGGGAUGACUCGAUCACCCUGGCCGAGUCGGGGAUCAGCCACCCCUGCCACCACCUCAGUGUUUGCCGAAGGUCAUCGCCGGCCCACACGCGAGAGCAGUCCGAGGAGUGCUCAGACGUUCACAUGGUGAGCGACAGCGAAGGGGACGACUUUGAAGACGCGUCAGAGUUUGGGGUGGAUGAAUCGGAGAUAUUCGGAAUGGGCUGCACGGGAACCCGGAAGUCACCGAUGAUGCCCGACAAUGUUGAAAACGAAGGGGACGCCUUACUGCACUUUACUGCGGAGUUUUCCUCAAGGUAUGGAGACUGCCACCCCGUGUUCUUCAUCGGCUCUCUCGAAGCCGCUUUUCAGGAAGCCUUCUACGGGAAAGCCCGGGAUAGAAAACUCCUUGCCAUCUACCUCCACCACGAUGACAGCGUCCUCGCCAACGUCUUCUGCUCGCAGAUGCUGUGUGCCGAGUCCAUCGUCUCGUAUUUGAGCCAGAACUUCAUCAGCUGGGCCUGGGAUGUCACAAAGGAAUCCAACAGAGCCAGGCUCCUCACGAUUUGCACGAGGCACUUUGGCAGCGUGGUGGCCCAGACGAUCCGGACGUACAAAACCGACCAGUUCCCCCUCUUCCUCAUCGUCAUGGGAAAGAGGUCCUCGAAUGAAGUGCUAAACGUCAUUCAGGGGAAUACGACGGUGGACGAGCUGAUGAUGCGGCUGAUGGCGGCCAUGGAGAUCUUCGGCGCCCAGCAGCAAGAGGACAUUCGAGAUGAGGAUGAGCGUGAGGCCCGGGAGAUGGUCAAGCGAGAGCAGGAUGAAGCCUACCGCCUGUCUCUGGAAGCGGACCGAGCCAAGAGAGAAGCUCAGGAGAGAGAAAUGGCGGAGCAGGUGCGCCAGGAACAGAUCCGCAAAGAGCAAGAAGAAGAGCGAGAGGCUAUCCGUCUGUCCCUCGAACAAGCCCUUCCCCCAGAGCCGGAAGAGGAGAUUGCCGAGCCAAUCAGCAAGCUGCGCAUCCGGACGCCCAGCGGGGAGUUCCUGGAGCGCCGCUUUCUGGGCAGCUGCAAACUACAAGUCCUCUUCGACUUUGUGGCGUCCAAAGGAUACCCGCGCGAAGAGUUCAAGCUCCUCACCACCUUCCCGCGCAGAAACGUGACCCAGUUGGACCCCAACCGGAGCUUGAAGGAGGCCAAAUUAUUUCCCCAAGAGACGCUCUUCCUGGAAGCUAAAGAAUAGAGGCGGCCAAGAGGGAGGCGGAAGGCAGGCAGAGGGCGGGAGCUCUCCGUCACCCCGCGUGUGCCCUCUCCUCGCCAGCCAUUUUGUGUUUACUCUGCCAGCCGCACCCCCUUCUCCCUUUUUUUUUAUUUUUUUUUUUUGGUUCCUCUCGCUUUUUUUGCAGUCACCCGCUAAGCUCUGAUGAAGGCUCGUUCCAGGUGCGCCAGAGAAGCUGACUGACUGCUCUGCCACCUGCCAUCCCUGGCAUGGGGUGCAAGAUUGACACUGCUGUUAGGACUCAAUGAGCCAAAUGCACAUGACGAACUCUUGAGUUAAUUCAUUGAAACCCCCAAACCACCCCUCCCCCCAAGCCGGACCCCCACUAGCACUUGACUUCCCACUUCCGUAAUUUUUUUUUUUUUUUUAAGGGAUUGCUGUAUUUCUUUUAGUUUGAUAUAUAAAUAUAUAAAUACAUCCUGUACUUGACUGAGCCACAACCUUCCAGAAAGAAUCCGCAAGUGCAUAGAUUUAGGGGUGACCCCCCCCCAUAUCCACUGUUAUCCCACCCAAAUGACCCACCAUGGUAAAGUUAUUUUUUUCUGUUUUAAUGCUAUAUUUAAGUUGUAAAAAAAAAAAAACGAAAAAAGUGCAAAAAAUGAACUUUAUUCUGCUGUUGAAAAAAAAAAAUUGACUGUCCAAUAGGGGGCGACAAAGAAGUGUUGCGUCAUGGCGUGACGUGCUCAAUUUUUUUGAUAAAGAAAUUUGAUUUGCUGUU